AUCGCAUCGUCUUGGGGUCCGCUCCGGGCUCCGGGAGGACUCAUCUGGUCACCCUGUGACCUGCUGGCGCUGCGGCCGCGAGCGGAGGACCAGAGAGGCCCCCGGAGGCCAGGAGAUGAUGGACCUGUUGACAUUCGGGGAUGUGUCCAUUGAUUUCUCUCUAGACGAAUGGGAAUGCCUGGACCCUGCUCAGCAGAGUUUGUAUCGCGAUGUGAUGUUGGAGAACUACAGAAACCUGGUCUCCUUGGGUCUUGCUGUCUCUAAGCCAUACCUGGUCACCUGUCUGGAGCGAAGGAAAGAACCCUGGGGUGUGAAGAGACCAAAGACAAUGGCUGUGUUCUCAGCAGUGUAUCAUCAUUGUACCCAAGGCAUUUCACCAGAAGAGAGCAUAAAACAUUCAUUCCAAAAAGUGAUCGGUCGAAGAACUGAGCGCUGUGGCUUUGAAAGUUUAUACUUAAGGGAAGAGUUGGAAGGUGUGUGUGAGAGUGAAGGUCGAAGAACCUGUCAUGAUGGGCAUAACUGUUGUGUGGUCACUAACCUUUGUGAACGUGUCCCUGUCAAUAGAGAUCCCGAACAGAAAGCCUGUGAGAAGAACACUCCUUUUGGGCCAGAUACAGUUGACGCUCUUCAUGCUUAUAGAAGUAAAUAUCCACGGCAACUUCUGGAGUAUAACUUUCCUCCAAAAGGAAACCUGGAAAGUCUGGAAAGAGAUCCUGUCCGUGCUUCAGCUGACAACUUCAGCAAUCUUGGUGAGUUAGUCAUCGACCCUAGCAUUUCAUUAGAGAAAGAAUUGAAAAGCAGAGAAUUAAUUUGUAAAUGUGAUCUAUCAGAGACUUCGUUCACUGAAAGUUCCUCGUUCUGCAGUCAGCAACUUGAUCUUUCCUGUGGCCAAAUACACAGUUGUGAUAAAUGUGGGAUGUUUGCUACUGAUCCAUUAUUGCUUAGCCAGCACCGUAAAGAAAACAGUACGGCUUUUAAUAAGCUUAGUGAUUUCAAGGAUAUACUUAUUGAAGAUAAACCGGAUCAGUGUAACAAAAUGCAUAACAGCUUUGACCAUGGCUCUAGUCCUCAUAAACAUGAGUGUUCUCAAUUUCCAAAGAACCUUUACAAAUGUAGGGACAUCUUUCCUCCAUGCUCAAAAUUUACUACCCAUCAAGGUAACUGUAUCCAGGAUAAUUAUUACAAAUGUGUAGAUGGCGACACAGCUCUGAACCAAAGCUCAAAACUCAUUAUGCAUAGAGGUCAUAAUGCACGGAAACCCUAUAAGUGUAAUGAGUGUGGCAGAGCUUUUAACUAUUACUCAACUUACAUUAAACACCACAGAGUUCACACCGGAGAGAAACCCUACAAAUGUAAAGAAUGUGGAAAAUCUUAUACUCAGAGCGCAAGCCUUAAAAAGCACCAGAGAAUCCACUCAGGAGAGAAGCCUUACAAAUGUAAAGAAUGUGGGAAAGCCUUUAACUAUUGCUCCACUUACAGCAAACACCAGAGAACUCACACAGGAGAGAAGCCGUACAAGUGCAGCGAGUGUGGCAAAGCCUUUAACUAUUGCUCCACUUACAUUAAACACCACAGAGUACACACUGGAGAGAAGCCCUACAAGUGUAAGGAAUGUGGAAAAUCCUUUACCCAGAGCGCAAGCCUUAAAAAGCACCAGAGAAUCCACACUGGAGAGAAACCCUAUGUUUGUGAAGAGUGUGGCAAAGCCUUUAACCACUGCUCGUCCCUUAGUCAGCACCAGAGAAUUCAUACUGGAGAGAAACCCUACAGAUGUGACCAGUGUGGGAAGUCCUUCACCCAGUGCGCAAGCCUCAGAAAACAUGAGGUGAUUCACACUGGAGAAAAGCCCUACAAAUGUGAAGAGUGUGGCAAAGCCUUUAACCAGAGCUCAACCCUGAAUGAACAUCAGAGGAUUCACACCGGAGAGAAGCCAUACAAGUGUAAGCAGUGUGGGAAAUCCUUCACCCAGUGUUCAAGCCUUCGAAAACACCAGAGGAUUCACACUGGAGAGAAGCCCUACAAGUGUGAAGAAUGUGGCAGAGCCUUCAAUUGUUCUUCAUCCUUUGCUAAACACCAGAGGAUUCACACUGGAGAGAAACCCUACAAGUGUGUACAGUGUGGUAAAGCCUUUAUCCACUGCACAAAUCUCAUUCAACACCAGAGAAUCCAUACUGGAGAGAAACCGUAUGACUGUAAAGAAUGUGGGAAAUCCUUCAGCCAGUGUUCAAACCUUCGAAAACACCAGAGAAUUCACAUAUGAGGAGAAGCCGACCAAUAGGAAGAAUGCAGCAAGACUUUAUCUGUUGUUCAAACCUUGCCCAGCAGUAUACAUAAUGCACGCUGGAGACAAGUCCUGCACAUGUAGUGAAUGUGGCGGAGGCCUUUCUGUCUUUGAUAGGUAACUAACUCGGCCCCUGAGAACUCGUUAUGGGGAGAAGCCCGAACACGUGAAGCCCUUCACAUGGUCUCUUUAAUCCUUUUAACUAUUGCUCACCCUCUCCUGGACACCCCAGAAUUUUCACAGAGGAGGAACCUCUCAGAAAUCUAAAGAAUGUCUUAACAGAGUUCAUCACACAGGAGAGAAAAUGGACUCACCCAUGUGACUGCCUUUUAUCUUGGUUCCUUUUACUAAAUGCAAAAGAAUUCACCCCUAGAGAAGCCCUGCCACUGCAGAGAAUGUGCCAAAGCUUCAUGCUGUUGUCAUACUUUACUCAGCACCAGACUACAAUGAAGCAGUCAGCACACAGGUGUUCCAUGUGUCACAGCCUAGAGUCAAGGUGAAAGUUUUGUGUUUUUUUUUAAUAUUUAUUUUUAUUUAUUUGAGAGAGAGAGGGAGUGAGGGAGACACAGAGAGGAGGAGGCACA